ACUAGUACACACGAAUAGAACGCAAAAGGCAUAGUUCACAAAUGGCUCUAGAUGAAGACACUCAUCUCCUGCUUCUCAUGCAUUUUUUUAUUAAAACAACUCGGAGAAAUGGGUUGCAAAAUGCAAUGCAACACAGCAAAUCUGAAAGUCGAAGGAGGAGGAAGUAUAGGCUCAGGACAUAUCAUCUGCACAGCCAGCAGCAAAUUAUGAUGCUGUUGUUGCUGAGGGAAAGGCACAUGAGACAAUACAGAGCCAUCCAUUCUAGUCACUUUCCUUUUCUGAAAAAAUUCAAGCCGGGUGAUUUUCUGGAAAGAUUCCGCAUGUCCAAAGAUACUUUUAUUUAUUUGUGUGACCGGCUGCGAAACAGUCUGAAUCGUCCUGGUAUUACACCUGAGGAGAAGGUGGGCAUAGCAUUGUGGAGACUGUCAAGCAAAAACAGAUGCCCAUCAUUGAACCAAAAUUUUAGAGAUUGUCGAAAUGUUGUAAAUAGGUGUUUGAAGGAGGUAUGCCAAGCCAUAGUAACAAUCCUGAAGCCUAUACAUCUCCAUCCACCAGACUGCCAGUCCCUAAAGGACACAGCACGCAUCUUUAACUCUCGUUGGGGAUUCCCACAUUGUGUCGGAGCACUAGGAUCAUUUGCCAUUCCUUUAUCUUCCAAUUCAAGAAGGGAUAGCACUCGUGCUUUGGUACUGCAUGCAGUAGUAGAUGGACAUGGGUUGCUUUGGGAAGCCUGUGCUUGCUAUCCUGACAAUAUGAGCAGUGCUACCAUCUUGGAAAAUUCUACUCUCUGGGAACUAGCUCAGGAAAGAAGACUCCAAACUGCACCAAAUUAUCCUUUCUUAGGCAAAGCACAUAAUUAUUUCUUGUUAGCUAAUUCUAGCUACCCAUUACAGAGCUGGCUACUCACACCCUACUCAAAAGCUGGUGGACUCAGUUUGAGAGAGGAACAAUAUAAUCUUCACCUUCAGCGUGCACUAAGUGUGGCAGAAAUUGCACUCUUGCGGUUGCGUGCAAGAUGGCAGUGCUUACUAGCACCAUCUGACUAUAAGAUGGUGCCCACUGUAGCACUAGCCUGUUGUGUGCUACAUAACUUGUGCGAAACUUUAGAGCAGAGAUUUGAUGCUUGUUGGUUAGAAGGAGUAGAAACUAUGGACCUGCCUGUCUUGCCUCAAUCUGUUUGUCAAUCUUGUCCUAAAGAUUUUCAGGCUGAAAGCAUAAGGGAUGCAGUAUGUGACUAUUUUAGUACCCAGGCCAAAAUCUAAAAAAAUUGGG